AUGGCCGACGCCCUGUGCGGCCCCUCCAACUCGCUCCAAUCCUUUCGCAAGCAAACCCAGCUCGACCGCACCCUACAGCAAGAUCGUCUCGUCGGGCCCGGGCGCACAUCACCCGAGCAGGGCUUCCGCACACAUGACCCCCGCGCCGGCUCUCUCGAUGCGGACCUCCACGCCUUCGAACAUGCGCAGCCGCAUCCACUACAUUUUCAGCAGCAGCAGCAUGCUCCUCCGCCAGCAGCGACGUUCGCGCAGACGUACGCACCCAGUCGCAUGAACACUGCGGCUGGCGGUUGGGCGGCCGACUUCCAGAGACUUCAUAUCUCCCAGACGCCCAGUCCGGGCCCGAUACCGGUGCAGCAAUUCCGCGCUCAGGCGCCGUUGAUAAAGAGCCAGCAUGCAGUGCCGGGGACGGCGGCUGGGGCGUGGGGUGGCGAGUUUGUGCGGCAGCAGCAGUCGCUGGGGAAAGGGAAGGCCGUGGAGAGUGAGCCGACGAUGGACUCGGGAAGGUUAGGGCUUGGGUAUUCGUACGCGCCGGUGGAGAUGGGCAUGAGCAUGGGCAUGGGCGCGUAUGGGGGCAUGCAGCAGCAGCCGCAGCAGCAAUCGCAGAGCAAUAUGCUUGGGGUGCAAGACCACACUGAGCAAGCAAACUUUGAUGACGCGUUCGAGGAGGCGAUGAUGGAGAUGGAGAGGAUGCAGGAUUCGCAAGAACAGCAGCAACAGCACCACCACCAGCAACAACAACAAUACGACACACAACAGACACAACCUGACCAAAUGAUGGUCGACGAAGCACCGUCGAGCCUCGAGAAAUCCUCCAUCCGCAUCGGUUCCGACGCCAUAGACUACACCGAGACCGUCAACCGUACGCCGGACCAGGACGUGCGCGACGCCGACGAGCUGGCGCGUACGGCCGGCCACCUCCUGAACCUCGUGCAGCACGACACCAGCACCAAGUUCCAGAACAGCCAGUUCCUCGACCUGAUGCGGAGAAUCCGAGACCGUGAGGUGGAAGUCAAGGAGAACGACCUCCAAUCUACAUCGCCGACGCCGGGCGCGGGGAGAAAUCAAGUCGAGGCCCUCCCCCCGCAGAGCCUACAUCAGCAGCAGAACGAGAACCUCGACAUGCGUCCCCACGACCCCAACAGCUUCGCAUUCCCAGACCUGAACACUGUCUUUGCGCCUACGGCCGCAGACCUGGAGGCGCCAGACUUCGACCCUGCGACCCUCCAGCAGCAGCAACCACAGCGGGCGCCCGCGCCAACGGGCUCAUGGCAGACGCGCCCCAGCUCCGUGCCGCCUGCACCAGUGCAGAUCCCAAACGCGAGUGACGCUGACGCCAUGUACACCAGUGCGGCGGACGAGUAUCCAUCGGGGAGAGCCAGCACCGAUCUACACCCCGGCGGCAGGUUCUAUCCGGAGAUGAGCCCGCGCAUGAGCGGUGCGCGCAGGGUCAGCAUGAGUGAGGUGGCGGGCCGCAUGGCGUCGCAGGAGCGGGCGUGA